AUGGUUGCAAUCGGCUCUCUCUCCGGCCCUCUAUUCUCACCAGACCUUAUUGGUACUGAUGUUGUAACAUCAUUCCCUAAAGGUUACACUAUUCGACCUCUGGAACGAGGGGAUUAUGCAAAGGGAUUCCUUGACUGCCUCGGCGUACUGUCUGAUGUAGGGGACGUCUCCCAGGAUCGCUUCGAAGAGCGGUUUGAUUGGAUGAAGACACAAGGCCAAGGAGUGCAUUACCACGUGGUUAUCGAGCAUGAGAACCGAGUUGUCGGGACGGGUGCUAUUAUCGUAGAGAGAAAGUUUAUUCACAAUCUUGGAUUAAUUGGACAUAUCGAGGAAAUCGCGAUCAGGGAAGAUUUCCAAGGCAAAGGCCUUGGUCUGAAGCUACUGGCCAGUCUUUCGUCUGUUGCUAAGAAUGUCGGAUGCUACAAGACGACUCUGGGGACCAGUCCGGAAAACGAGCCGUUCUAUGUCAAAUGUGGCUACAACAGGUCGGGCAACAUCAUGAACCAGUACUUCGAAGAGCCCAAGGAAUCGUAUUAUCGGGGAUAA